AUGGACUCAAUAUCCCGCCUUCGCGAAGCUCUCUUACACGCAUUGACGGGACGCAUUGCACCUCACGGCGAGCAGGACAUAUUCGAUGAACUCAUGGUUCAUAAAUCACGCCUGUUGCAAGUAUUUGACGUCGGUCCCAGAAGUCCGCAACAACAAAAGGAACUUGAAUCCGGCAAGGUGACCAUACACGGCAAGUCAGUUGCUGUCAACGUGGAUUUCACCCGCCAGGUUCUUUUCCUGUCGCAACAUCUCGAAUGCUCGGAGAGAUAUGUCGCAGAGCUCUUACAUUCAGUCAUGUCUGAGAACCCAAACGUCGGGCCGGCAGACUACCUUGAAGCUACACUGAACGAGUUCCAUCAGCGACGGAGACACCUCGUGGACACGUUGCGAUUUUUGCUAGAGGCAGCGGAAGUUGGGGCAAGUGCGUCGGAUGCAUUGCCCAUGUACCGACGCAUCGAGGCGUUCGUACGGAGCGAGAUGAUAGGGGUGCUGCCAUCGCGCGUGUUUAAGGAAGUCGACAGUCUGGGAGGUGUUUUGACGAAAGUGGAUGGAGUAAGACGGAAUGCAGGGAGUAACACUGUUCCUCCGAAUGGCCAAGGAAACCCUGGCUCGCUGGGGUCUGAUAUCCUUGCCGCCCGGUACGAUUCGAUACGGUAUGAAAGGCGGCAACUGGCGAUCACGUUCAGCACGAUCGCCCGCCUUGGCUACAUCACAGCGCCAGAAGUGAAAAGCGUCGUCGACUGGCUCUCCGUCAACGCAAAUAAUGGCAUGACCUUCUACCUACUGACUUCCAUUCUCUCGGCUUUCGAUCCCGUGGAUCCACAGAGCAUCGGUGGACAGCUUCGCCGGAAGCUUGCGAUAGAUAAAUCCAACAUAGCAUACAUGAAGAGAAAGCUGGCUCCGACUUCUGAAUGGAAGGACAAUGGCUUGAAGGCGACAGUUCUACUUCAAUGGACGUUGUUUCUGACUGACACGCGUCAUCGUAAUCCCGAGCUCGAACACCAGGACGGGUUCACAACGGAAGAAUUGGAGACGCAAAUAUGGAAUGCAGUGCAAGGGGACGCGUUCACGUACCUGGCCCAAGUCGUCAUGCAAUUCGGAAAGGGUCACAGUAACCCGCCAAUUUCCUCGUUUCUUCAAACAUUGCCCAUUCCACAACCUGAACCCCAAGAUCAGCGAGAGGUCCCGCCGGAUGAUUUCAAACCUCUUGUACUUUCUGCCUUCGAAACUCUUGUACGCUUGCUCAUCACCCACGCAUCCUCGGAACUGCGCAAAAUAAAACAGCGCCAGGAAGACUUGGUCCUUGCUCGAGAUCGUACUCGCACAGCAAGUGGUCUCUUUGCAUCCUCAACGUCACCCGAAGCUAGAGCUCCCUCAUCGCCACGCAAUGAUAUCGCCGUGCUCUACUCCUUCAUUGGACUUCUCUAUUCUUCCUUGCCACCUGAGCGCUCACUUCAAUUCUGGGGUGCCGGGUCGGCACACGAUCAGCGCACGACAUACCUGGAGUACACCGAGUCAGCGGCCGGCAGGCUUCCCACUUUCCUGCAGUGGGCCGUAUGGUCGACUCAGGUGCACGAUCUGACACUCUCCACUGCCCUUUACGACAUGCUCAGCGGUCUAUCCGAAGGGCAGCAAUGCAGCGAAUUGGCACAUAACUUCAUGGCUCGGGGUACAGGGGAAGUCAUCCCGGGGAGCACCCUGCCGUCUUCCGCGGGCGGACAAGCGGUAUCUUGGAGCCUUGUGUUUGGUUUACUCGACUCGUGGACGACGGUGACCAAUACUAUCAAAGCCCCCCCUCCGCCCGGUCCCCUAGGAACUUCCGCCUUUGGCCUCAGUGCUCGUCCCCCACAACCGCACAACCAUCCCCCUCAGCCAAACAUUGGUCCCAAUGAAGUUCGAUUGGCACAAGCAUUCCUGCGUUUUCUUUCUACGGUAGUCACGUACUCCGUUGCCGUACGCAUCACCAUAUCAGGACACCCCCACUUCCGAGCAAUACCAACGCUCGUUUCUUUGAUACCGCUGGGAAUACCUCUCGAAUUGAAAGGUGCUGCAUUUGGGGCCUUGGCCGCAUUCUGCGAGCCUGGGGCGGGACGUCAAGGAGUUGAGAUUUGCAAAGCGGUUUGGACUUUGAUGGAGCGGAUGGAGGUUAUCAACGUACGGGGAGGUACCGGACCAUCCCUUGGCCUCGGGCUCCGUAGCGUGAAUGCCGUCAAGGGGGUUGAGAUAGAGCUUGAGGAGGUCGAGACAGCCCAUGGGUUGUAUCCAGCCACGAUUGCUUUCCUGAAGUUGCUCAGCACGUUGAUACACACACCUAAGCGGAUCCCUCUGAAAGACAGAAUGGCUGACAUGGAACCCAUUCUCACUAUUCCAGAAGCACUUGGACAACCGUACCGUCUGCCUGGGAUAGGACCAUUCACUUCGUUCGUCAUCGACAACGUUUUCCUAAAUAUCCCAAAGCGCGACUACGCUAUCCCUUCCGACCGAUGGCAGAUCAACGACCUGUGCCUUUGCUUCGUAGAACGUGUCUUGGCUAGCUAUGACUUGGAAGCCCUGGUCAAUACCGCAGACGAUUUCCGACUGAAGGAAGACGCAAUCACGCCACUCCUUGUACAUCCAGGCUACGACAUCAUGAAGAGGUUACUCUCAACGACCCCCUUCCAGGCAGCAGUGUUGUCGUACAUUGUGGACGGAGGAGGCGGCUUCGAGAAAGGCCUUGCUGAAGACGAACCGUACUUCAAGAGCACUAUCGUAAGGGUCCUGCGAGUUAUCCAUCGAGUCUUGGAGAUUCAAGAUAUCUUCCUUGAUGUGCUGCUCCCUCUGCUAUCUGAGUUCGAUAGUACUCCGUAUGUCGGUGUCGUCCAACCUCGUUCAUACUUCAUUCGUCUGGAUCAGGCUCUCUCCUUCGGGCCUGAAUAUCUUCCUGCUUUGGCCUCUUAUGUCGCUUAUCCUGGCCACUCUGAGCUUGCACUCCUUUCUGUCAAGACAUUGACCAUGUUAUCGACCUCAGGUGCUUUGACCAAUCUCACAACCUUGGUGGAGCAAAGCAGCGAAUCGGAGAGAAUACUCGAAGGAUACAAGCGCAUUCUCAUUUCGGAGUCUGACGAGGACCCGGCGGAGGCAGAGGAGGCAUCCGAGCAUUACACGGGCGCUGGUGUGCCUGACAGCGACGCGGAAAUCCCGUCGCUUGCCCAAGCUGUACGAUUAGCUGUCCUCGACUUGUUCAUCCAGAACACUCAAACCAAUCGACCCCACCCAAACAUUGCCCAUUUUCUAUUGUUCGGAAGCUCCAGUAAUCAGCAACAGAUCCAAGAUCCGCAUGCUUUGGGUGCGCAAGCCGCUUGUAUUCACAUUCUUCUGGAUAUGGUGAACUCUGGCGUGCCUCGCUUAAAGGAAGAUGGGCGUGUCGCGGGGCGGCAACAUGUCGACCCCCUCUUCGUCACCCUGCCUGCCCUUGCCGAAAGAUGUUAUCGGGUCAUAUUCCAGUUGUGCACGCAUUCAAGGACGUGUGAUUUCGUCAUGCGUUACUUGCGGACGAGAGAAGACUUCUUUGCUAGGCAGCUAGCCGUGAUGCCGCCCACUAUCCCCAAUGCAUGGCAAGACCCCAACAUCCGAGUGCUCUACCAUGACGGCACCAGUGUGGCCACAACGGUUUCGGCCCUUGGUUCUUUUCUUCGCCUUCGAUCAUGGAUAUUUGACCUUGUCGCUCUUGACUUACACCUGUUGACGCAGAAAGGUCAUUUCAAGAGUGUGAACGAACUCCUCGUCAUCUUAUUUGGAAGCGGCGCCUACGACGACUCGCCUUCUUGGGAGACCGAUAUUUCCCAGCCGUUCAGAGAGAUCGGUCAAUCACAUCUAAAGAUCAUCGAAUUCCUUCGUGGCCUCGUGUUCGAGUGGUCGGAUACAUUGAAUGUGCAACCUGUCGACCUUAGAUUCCUCAGUCAACUCAAUCUCAAGUCCUGCUUGCGUGUGGACACUAAUGGAUGCGAGGUCGUUGACCGAUCGGCCUUGUUGGUUCUCCUCAACGACGCUCGCCAUGCCCUCCAUACUCAAGGACACGUCGUAUCUCCCGCACAAAACGAGCAACUCAACGCAGAAAUACAGUAUGUUCUUGAAAGUUCAGCGGUCGAAAACCAUCGGUUGCAAAUAACGUACGCUACCGCAGUUGGCUACGAGUCUUGGCGGCGCUUGCUGAGCAUGGUCCUAACGAAGUGUUUUGAUCGACUUCCGUCAACGCAGCGCGAGAGUACCCUCUUUGAUUUGAUGCAAGUGCUUCCCAAUAUCAUCAGGUCCCCAGACAUCCAAGAGUCGACCGCUGUCUUACUAUCCGAGACCGUCUUGUCUUCAAUAACCAAACUGCGCGAAGACCGGCAGAACGACACAUCUGGCGCCUCUGGAACCAACUCGUUACCCGUGGAGCGUCUCUUCGUUAUUGUCCGUGGAAUUCUAGACUGUAUCAUCGAAGGUGGUCGCCUGGAGUUGGUCCGCGGAAAUCUAUACGCAGCUCUGAUCAAUUAUGUGUAUCUGGUAACCUCCUUCAAGGCACAAUUUGCUGGCCUUCUUCCGUCCUCUGGUUCAAAAGCGUUGUCCGCGUCGGUAUCUGACGAAGAUGCAUUUGCUAUCAGUCGUCGACCGUCGUCGACUCCUUCCACCUCACUCGAAGCUGGAAGUUUGGCGUUGAUGAAGCAUGCGAUGGACCGACUCAUUUCUACCAUUUCCCGGGAUGCAAUCGAUGGUGCUGAGGUUUGGAAAACUGUGGCAUUUAUGCUGUUGGACUCGCUUGUCAGGUUGUCAAGUAUGGAAAAACAGAAUACAGUGUUAAACUCGCUCGGUCGUCACGGCAUUCUGGCGAACUUUGUGCGGAGCAUAAGGGACUCAGAUCUCAUCCUCCAGUCCGUGCUGAAGCCCGAUCCAGAUGACCUCAAUCCCCUCUACGUCUACGAGGCCAAGAUGUCUUUCUUCGUCCGAAUGAGCCAAACCAAGGGUGGGGCUGAACGGCUACUAGACGCUCAAAUAAUCCCUACGUUGUCGAAAUGUGAUUUCGUCGACGCCAGACCAGAAGCCGACCAGCAGUUCAUGGACCAAGAUACAUUUUUGCCGUCCGCCGUUCAGCGGUAUCAUCAGUUGUUUACGCCUGCCUUGCAAGUGGUCAACGGCAUCGUCGCUACCCUUGGCGCAAGGCAUGCUGCCGUCUCGAACCAAGUUCUCGAUUUCCUCAACAACCAUAGUGCCACUAUUGUUAUUUUGAUCAAGAACGAGGUUGAGGAUGUAUCCCUUGCGGUAGUUCAAGAGCUGCAACUCAUCGUAACCCUGUGCGGUUCAGUGCUCCCCAGCGUCCCGAGAGCCGAUUUAGCUUCUGCACACUCUGGAUUUGGUGCUAUCCAUGCAGCUAUUCUCGGUCUAUCAACUCGUUGCUUGGUUCACGGGUGGUGGGCGAAGAAUAUCCGACCCCAUACAGAUACAGAGAUACUAAGCGCUAGUGUUACUGCCCCAGAGAGGAACUCGUCUGUGUUCGAUGUCACAGUACGGCAUGAAGAACACCUCCUUCGGAAGAGCACGGUGUCCUACUUGGGCACCGCCAACGGCUUCACUGAACCAGAAAUUUCCCCGAUGUUAUCACCCGUAACCAAAACGUCUCGAGGCGAAGAUCGCCGGUCAACAUUUACCGCCACCAUCCCAACAGUCGGGGAUGCUUUGGAGGCUCUGGAAGAUAUUUGCACUGAUCUAUCAGAGAUACUGAAGCAGAUCGCUGAUAUCGCUGUUGAAAUCGAUUCCAGGGAGCACGUUGGUUUGGAAAGGCUUCAGCACAUCCUCCCCGACGUCGACAGAAGUGUCUGGCCCGACCUCGAUGUUGCUCAAAAGCGAUCUUUAAUGAAUCGCGCGCUUUCCCGUAUACAGACAAUAGCAAAGGACGAAGCCAAAAUGCUCCUCGGCACAAUGGAGAUGCUGCUUCUCCUGCUGUGGCGGCACAUAAUGCAUUAUUCCGAAGGACACGCCGUCGCCGGGGACGCGAUCACCGUACAUGCCCUACGGUUCGUUUCCGCCCCCGAACCACAGGUAUUCCGCAACGAGAUCAGCAGGAAGUUAGGCGGAGCCUUGCAACGGCUAGAGAGCCUGGAGUUGGCGUAUGCCUUCACCAAUGAUAACGAAUCCCAAUCGAGCCAACAGUAUAUUGAGAUCAUGAGCCGACGGCUGCGCGAUAGUAUAGAGUCGGAUGCGUCUUGA